GAAGAGAAAGAGCGCCAGGGAGAGGAGGAGCUCAGGGAGAGGGAGGCGAGAGAGGCUCUUUGAAGGGCUCGGCUGUCAGAGGAGCCCUGCCUGCUCAUGUCAGCGUCUUUCCACUCUCUCCUCAUCCGUCUGACUUGCUGCUUCCUCUGUCUGCUUUGAGGUUUUCUGGAGGGCCACCUGCCAUUACCACUCUUUUCCACAUGAGGUGCUGUUACACACGUCGGAGAUCACAGUUUGGGAAGGUUACGAAUGCUUUGGGGAGCCCUGGUACUCUCCGCAGGCGACGUGUCACUGAGAGGGCCCCCUGGAGGUCACGGGCAGGGGAACCGGAGCAGUGGGCCGGGCUCAGGGAGGCGUGGCCUCACCCUUAUAUGGACGGCAGAAGGCUGAAGCUCUGGAGUGACUCUUGCUGCUGCCCCGUGGUUCUCUGAGAGGUCCUCUCCUCUGGUACUUCACGAGGGCUGUUCAGGGCCGUGCUUUGUUGUUCUUUUCUGUUGGACUGUGGCUCCCCGUCCCCAGACAAGAGGAGCCUUGGUGUCAGAGGAGACUGCCGUCAUGUCUGCCUGCUAGUCCCGGCGUCUUCCUGUGGCUCACCGGCCCCGGUGGAGCGGUGCCGCUGGGCCUGCACCUCAUCGCCGGCACAUCUGCCCCGGAGGUCGCUCUUUACCCCCUCCCCCAGGGGAACCACCGCCUCAGAAUGAGAGAGGAGCUCCACAUGCUCUCUCUCUUCACCAGGACACCCUACUUCUGACAGACCUCUUCUUGUUGCUAUGAGACAGCAUCUCGGGGCAGAGUCUCCGCUCACCUGGCCUUUUCUUUGGCCCUGAGGCCCACGUCACCAUGGCGACGCCGGCCUGGUACCACCGGGACAUCAGCCGUGUGCAGGCCGAGGAGCUUCUGGCCCGGGCAGGGCAAGACGGCAGCUUCUUAGUGCGGAACAGUGAGUCAGUGGCGGAAGCCUACGCCUUGUGUCUGCUCUUCCAGCGCCAUGUGCACACGUACCGGAUCCUGCCUGAUGCGGAUGGGCUCCUGGCAGUGCAGACCUCCCAAGGGGUACAGGUGAAUUGUUUCCGGACGCUGGGGGACCUGGUGCUGGGGUACCAGCAGCCCCACAAAGGCCUGGUGACCCCACUGCUGUACCCCGUGGGCCAGGAGGCCGAGCUGGGAGAUGAGAGCUCUGAUGGGGAAGACGAAAGGCUGGGUGUGACGUCGUCAGGGUGGAGCCCCGGCCCGGCCCCGCCCAUGGCCCCGCCCCCUGGCCUCACCAUGAGCCCAGGCUCCCAUCUCUUUUUCCUGCACAGACUGCAGGAGCUCUCCAGCCAGAGUGUGGCCAGUGACAUGGUGGCCCUGUUCAGCGAGUACCUACGCACUGAGCUUCCUCAGGAUAUGGACAGCCUGCGGAGGGGGGGAACAAGCCUGCACAGCCUGCAGAGGAUCCUGGGCAGCACCUGCGAGGGUCUGCGCAGUGAGAUAGACCUGACUUUGUCCAGCUUGGAGACCCUGGCCAGAGUGUUUGACCACCCCACCUGUCCUCUACUCAGUCCCAAGUCUCAGAAUACAGGGAAGCUGUCAGACCAAGGGCUGGACAGCCUGGUGUGUAAGAUCUCAGCCUUGUGCAGCCUGCUGUCUUCACUGGAAAAGAGGGUGCUUAAGGCUCUGCAGGAUGCUGUAGCCAAUCACAAUCUGGCCGUGCAGCCGGCCCCACCCCCUGAGACUGCUAUGGUAGCGAAGCCGUGGGCGAGACCCGUCCCGGUAUGCAGCUUCCAGGUGAAGGUGUCACACUCGGGCAGGCAGCUACUGUCGAUCGACGUGGACAACGGGGUCCUGCUGUUUGACCGCAAGUCAGGGGCCUUCGGCGUGGAGACCGUGUCACAUGACCGCAUCCUGAAGCUGAUGAGGUUCCACACUAAUCCAGGGAAACUGUGCAUGGUGGUGGACAGUCACACCCACCCCCCCCGGGAGAUACUGUUCGAGAGUGAGAAGAAGUGUGAGGCCUUCUGCCAGUUACUGCAGCUGCUGAAGGCCAGACGGGCCCCACACAGCCACCCGGACGCCAUCUCCGUGUUCGUGGGCACCUGGAACAUGGGUCAGUGUGGGUCCCCUUCGCCCAGGAGCCUCCUGUCCUGGGUGAAAUGCUGUGGCCUGGGGAACGUCCCAGACGAGACCACGAGGACGCUCCCUCAUGACAUCUAUGCCUUCGGGACUCAGGAGAACCCGCAGGGGGAGAGGGACUGGGUGGAGCAUCUGAGGACGGUGCUACGAGCUGCUACUCACAUCGACUUCAAGCUGGUGGCAGUACAAUCGUUGUGGAGCAUCAGGCUGGCCGUGUUUGUGAGGCCGGAACAUGAGAAGCGUGUCAGUCACGUGAGCGUGGCCAGUGUGAAGACAGGCCUUGGGAACACACUGGGACACAAAGGAGCAGUGGGGGUGUCCUUCCUCUUCAGUGGCACAUCUCUGGGCUUUGUCAAUUGUCACCUGUCAUCUGGGAGUGAGAAGACUGUGAGGAGGAACCAGAACUUCCAGGACAUCCUGCGGCUCUUGUCCCUUGGCGACUGGCAGCCAAGUCCAUUCGACGUCAGCCUUCGCUUCACACACCUCUUCUGGUGUGGAGACCUCAACUACCGGCUGGACCUGGAGGUUCAGGACAUCCUGAAGCACGUCUGCAAGCGGGAAUUUGAGGCUCUGAUGUGUGCUGAUCAGCUGACCCGGGAGCGCCACAAGAGGAAGGUCUUCCUUCAUUUCAGUAAGCGACCCUGUCUAACAUCAGUUCCCUGCUCACAUAAAUGCGAUUCCCUUGACCACUGCACCACCCACAGGCCAGAGCAGGCAUGGUCGUCUCAGUUAUUGUCCCUCCCCUCACUUCUUCUCCUCUCUAAUCUCUCCAGCAUUUUCUUCACAGAUGAAGAGAAGAUCUUGUUCCCUCCCACCUACCGGUACGAGCGCGGGUCCAGGGAAUGCUACCAGUGGGAGAAGUACAAGACCUCGGGUGUUCGCGUCAACGUGCCUUCCUGGUGUGACCGCGUGCUCUGGAAGUCCUACCCGCAGACACACCUAGUCUGCACUGCUUAUGGCUGCACAGAUGAUAUCACAACCAGCGACCAUUCCCCUGUCUUUGCCACAUUCCAGGUUGGGGUGGCAUCACCAAUCAUCUCAAAACCAGGUGAGGCCACCUGUGAUUUACCUGACUGCGGUUGGUCACCCUACUCACAACCAUGCCCAUACCUACCAUUGAGGACACAAAGGUCAAGUCCUCAGUAUUUUAUCUGCAACUCCAAUAACCACAGUGCAUUAUGGGGCACACCUAGGGUGGAUAACACUUUUGACUUGCUCACAACACAUCUUUCUUCACAAUGUUCUUGCAUGUUUACAUACCUUAUUCUGUCCUGUUACUCACACUUAUUCCCAACAUCUGAGCAAUGGUCAAAGGUCAAAGUUCAUACAGCCUAUGUGUUUUUAAUGUGGGGGUUUCUGCUGAAAACAGACACAGGGCCAAGUGAGAGGGCAUAUAUAGAGCUGGAGGGCGUGGAGGUCAUCGUCAAGACAGCCAGCAAGGCCAAAUUCUCCUUGGAGUUUCACUCCAACUGCCUGGAAGAAUUCCGGCGUUCCAGCGAGAAUGAUUCCCAGAUCUGUGAAGUACCGGGCUUCCUCAAACUGGGCUGGUCUUCCAGACAGCUGCCAAAGCUCUUUCCUGUCAUCUCAGACAUGGAGCAUCUUCAGGACCAGCACCUGCUAUUGUCGGUUAAGUCAUGUGACGGUCUCGAAUCCUAUGGUGAAUGCUGUGUAGCCCUCCGAAGCCUCCUGAGCUCUACAGCGGAGGCGUUUGAGACGUUCCUGACCCACCGUGGUGAGGAGAUGGGCUCCCUUCGGGGCAGACUACGAGUCCAUGUGCCCAAGGACCGGCGACAGAGGCGGGAACGGACCUACGAGUGGUUCUGCUUUGAGAAAGACGAGAGCAGCUUGGCUAGAGGUAGCCCAUCCCACCCAGUGACUGGUGGCCCUUCUGCACGGUCCCCAGCUGGACCAUCUACACUAGUGCCAGCUCAGCCUGCCCAGGCUCCUUCGGCAUCAGUGCCAAGCAGCUACACCAACCCUGCAUACUUCAUCUUUGAGGGGAUGCCCAUUCAGCGUUUCGCGACGGAGGACCCCACCCCGAAGCGGGACCCCCGGGUGGUAUGGGCCAGGGACUCUGUCUUGCAGCUUCCCAAGGUGUCCCCGAACCAAAGUCAGCAGGGGAAGUCCACCCGCAGGUCUGACUUUACGGAGAUCGAAAUUCCAGGAUGCCUUCCCCACUGUCGGCCGUCUGGGGAGGCUCCGUCCUCCUACCAGCUUUUUCCAGCCCAGGACAGGGGGUCGGGGAACCCCUCCUCAAGGCUGUCUCUGAACAGCACUCCACAUUCCCCAGAACGCUUCCCCUACAGGGAUGAUGUGGUAUUGCAGCCGCGGUCCCCUGCUGUACAAAGGAACUUGUACUGGAACCGUUCAGCUGUGGCGAGGGAAAUGCCCUGGGCAUACAGGAAUCUGCCCCGGAAAACCAGCCCCCGGCUGAGCCUGGAUCCCCCAUCUGGCAUGCAUAAGACUCCAGCACUCUACCCCUAUUCCUCCACCAGGGUGCCCCACAGGGAAGCGGCAUCCUGGGCGGUCGGACCCCAGCCAGACCCCCCAGGGGACCACUCUCUGACAGCCUUGCAGAUCGCCAAGUCACUCAGUGAGAUGGACUUCCUGCCUGUAGACCACAAAAUCCCCACAGCCAUUCCUAGAGCCCAGCAGAGGAAUCUGGGCUACGAGCUCAGCACUGUUUCAGAGAAAGAGGCACCGGUACUGCGUGUUGCUCCGGGAUCCGUGUGGGAGCUUCUGAGCAGCCUGGGGCUUCAGCGCUACACCCUGGGGCUCAGUCUCAAUGGCUGGGAUGACCUGCUUUACUUUAGUGAGAUCACAGAGCAGGACCUGCGGGCAGCUGGAGUGACCAACCCUGCUCACCGCAGACGGAUCCUGGAGAACCUGCCCAGGAUCUGGGAAUGAGGACCAGGCUGCUGGGUCUAGCGGUCGGCUCCCAGGCCAGGUCAGCAGCCUCAAUCACAGAGGGUCUCGCAAGCCUCUCCACAGGUCAUGUGAUCCCACAGCAGGCCGGAGUGUGACGGCAGCGACUUCUGACUGCAUCCAUGAAAAGAGCUGAAAAGCAGAAAAAUGGCAGCGACGUUCCUGGUGAUACAUUCCCGUGUUCUUGUUUCCAGACAAUUAAAGAACCCUCCUGAAACCAUCUUCGUUUCUAAAAUAAAGUGCUGUGCCGUCGGGUUUAGGACGCCACUCACCCGUCUGCCUAUGGGAACCAAUACUGUUUACAGCUGAAUGGGUUUGCUUGGUCAAUACUGACAUGGCACUUGGCGAGUGAUUUGGCGUUAACUGUUUGUAAAAGGUACGUCUUGUUGUUUUUCAAGCAUAAAUUACAAUGUGACUUUCUGCA